CGAACAGCCUGAUCACGAUCCCGCACACCAUCACUUAAGACCGCCGUUUCUUCCCUUCCUUCUCGUCACUCUAGAUACCCCCCCAUUUACUUUCACGUCAUUGGAUUGCGGCUGAACUACGCCUCUCAUCCAUCUGCGCCUCGACCGUUCACCAACUGCUUUCCUGGACCCCUCUUGCUACCCCGCAUCACCUGCUCUGCUCCUACUUCGCACUUCAGCUACAUUGCCGUUCAAGAGUCAUAGUCAUCUAUCCAGUGAUCACUCAGCGUCGUAUUCCAAGACUACGGGCAGUCGAUCACCAUCAUGGCUCAACUUCUCCAUCGCGUGCAUCUUCCCUUUCUGGGAAGCAGAGGACAGGCCUCAAGCUCGACCGACCGCACCGCCACUCGCAACGACGUUGAGAUGCAAUCGCAGCCUUCAUCAUCCGCAGCACCGGCAGUAGCUGGCCCAUCGGCAGACGAAGCGUCGUCUUCUGCAGAGGCUGCGGGCCCAGCAGCAGGUCAAGGCGAUGCUGCUCCUGCUCCUGGCACGACACAAAACACUGCUGUCGGCGCAGGAGGCGACGAGGCAACGCCGCAGCGCCCUCGAGGGCACGGCCGCGAGAUCAGUGGACGCUCUGUACUCAGUAACCUCUCGCAACGCCUCGCUGCCAUGCGGGAGCGUGAUCGCGACCAAGACUACUCGAUGGCCUUCAAUCGUCUCGCCCUCGCUGAGCAGCUCCGAGACCUGGAAGCUCAGAUCACCCGCGAACGCGGGGGAGCAGGGGUCACCAAUCUGGCAAAUGGGUCUGCCAAUGGAGUCUCAUCGUCAUCGGCGGCUCGGAGAAAAGAGGCGAAAGCCAAACGUGAACGGGAGGAGAAUUCGACCCUUUUCGGACCUAACCUUGCACAUUACUUUGGUAGCGGAAGCUCCUCUAGCGGGUCGGUGUCCGCCGCCUCAAUGUCGACAGGACCGGCAGGCAACCCUACUUCCCAUGCUGCGGACGGUUCGGCAGGGCCCAACGCACCAGAGACGCCCGGCUCAUGGGGCCGCUCCUCUGCCAGGCUAGGCAGCCGCGGUCGUGCCCGUGGUGCGAGCCUGAGCGGCCUGACCAAUUUGUCUACCAUUCCCACACAGGGCGCAACAAACAGUACCAACGAGAUCCCAGAGACGCCCGGCUUCACCCCCUCCGCCCUGCCUGUCGAGACUCCCGGACCCAACGACGGACCUGCUCCUCCCACGGCUGCUUCUGCUUCCGCAGUCGCGAGCAGCGUAGCCAUGGCUGAAGGGAUCGAUAUUGAGGUGCUCAAGUCGUGGAUUGAGCGUUCUGUUGCGUCAAAUGGAGGAGCGGUAGAGAUUGAUGGAGAGGGUGAGGAGGCGGUUGAGAAGGCGAUGAAGACUGCUAGCUCGUGCACCACCUUGCAGAGUCUGGUCAAUCUCAAGCGCAACACGAUCAAUUUGAUGGUCAAGAGUGGAGAGCUGGGAGUUGGUGUCGGGGCCGCUGCCGGAGCUGCGCCUGGUGAUCAUCCGCUGAGCGGUAGCGGUGAAGGAGAGGGCGGUGGCGAGGGCCUGCACAUCGUCCAAGAAUCCGACCUUCGCCCUGCUCGAUCUCUCAGUGCCAUGCCAACCUUUGGAGCUUCGACGUCAGACGCAGGCGCGAGCAUGGUGGGGACGACAACGCACAAUCUACAUUUCGAGUACGACUGCACGUCGUCCUCCGCCUCGAUUCAGGUUUUCCUCCGCGCGUCGCGCAAGCAUGGUUCUUGGGCAAGCUGGCUGCAGAGCCAGCAGGGUCGACAGAGCAAGGAGACGGAGGAGGCUGAAGAUGACGAAGAGGCAGCAGCGUCACCGGCGCCAGUCGACCUACUCGCUGCGGGUGCAGGUGACUCAUUAUACCACAAGUGGGGAGCAGCGCCACACGUCCUGGGUUGGCCGGUGCAUUCCUCGAGGGUGAGGAGAGGGUUCGCGCAGCCGGUCAAGGCUGGCCUCUCCCUGCGAUUGAACCUCUACGCUCCGCCAUCGAAGUCGAGCAGCUCAGCCACUGCCCCACCCUCUGCGCCCGGUGGGGCCAUGUUCACCAUCGAUGGAGAGCAGAGCGAGGGCACCGCUCCCGCGCCAGCAUCCACAGCGGCACCAGGCCUAGCCGCCAUCCCUGACGACGAAACAAAGGAGCAGCGACUUGCACGAGAGAAGGCUGAGCGCGAAACGCUUAAGCUAGCCAUCGUAGUCGAAGCGCUGGACGAGCAUGGCAAGCCUUUCGCCGAGCCCAAUCUCCAGACUACGUACUUGCGUCUCACAUCUCUACCCGUCAGGCCACCCACAAACACAGCAGCGGAGGAGAGCACGACGGAAGCCUCAGCAGCUGCUCCCCCUGCCCGCAUAUGGGCGGCCCACGUCGAAGGUCAGGAAGCCGAAAUCGGUCCGCACAGAUUCCAGCUUCAAGAGCUGUACGGUCUCUCCUCGCGCCCGCCCCCUGUUGAGGUAGAGGCACCUCCCGCGGGCGAGGAAGGAGGCGACGGUACUACUGGCACAACUGCUGCUCCCUUGCUUGACCCAGACAAUGGCGGGAGCUCAGGGUCGGAAUGCCUCAUCUGCCUCUCUUCCCCUACCAAUACCCUCCUUCUACCCUGCACUCACGGUCUCUGUUUGGACUGCAGUGUUCAACUCAAGGAGAGUGUCAGGCAGCAGAGGGAGAGCGAGCGCAGGAGAGGUAAGCCGCCCAAGAAGAGAUGGAACUGCCCGAUGUGUCGACGAGGGUUCACUGCUAUGCUUCACUUGGGGUGGGGUGUUGAGGGGGGAAGCGAGGGGAAGGAGGGAGAGCCGACGGUGGAGAGGAUGGAGUAAUGAGAAGAGGGAGGUAGGGGAUCUCGUCACUGGUUUGGUCAUGGUGGAUCUGUCGUCGUUCUCUGUCCUUCUCACGCCCCGUCUGCUUACUACCCUUUCAUCUCGCCUGAUUACCUCCACCUAUGAUUCGUGUUGCGCUUCGCUGGAAG